UAGCCUUGCUUUGCAUAGUUUCCUUGGAAACUUUAAAAACUCUCUAGACCGAAACAAGAAAUAGGGGAAUCCCCAGAAGCAAACAGCAGCAGCAGCAUGCCCGACAGCACUCCGGACGAUCCGAUGGAUCAGGGCAGGGACACGCGGGAUUUUAUUCGCGGCUAUCACAGCGAGCAAGAGGAGAAGAUAAAGCCUCAAUCUUCGGUUGAGAAGCGUGAUGAUCUGGCAACGGCCAUCCUGAAGCGCAAGGACCGUCCCAACCGUCUGAUUGUGGAGGAGGCCCAGAACGAUGACAACUCAGUGGUGUCGCUGUCGCAGGCGAAAAUGGAUGAGCUGCAGCUCUUCCGCGGCGACACUGUCAUUCUGAAGGGUAAGCGGCGCAAGGAGACGGUCUGCAUUGUGCUCUCGGACGACACCUGCCCCGACGAGAAGAUCCGCAUGAACCGUGUGGUGCGCAACAACCUGUGCGUCCAUCUGUCCGAUGUGGUGUCGGUGCAGUCCUGCCCGGACGUCAAGUAUGGCAAGCGCGUGCGCAUCCUGCCCAUUGACGACACCACCGAGGGCGUGACAGGGAACCUAUUUGAGAUCUAUCUGAAGCCGUAUUUCCUGGAGGCCUACCGCCCCAUUCACAUGGGCGACAACUUCAUCGUGCGUGCCGCCAUGCGGCCCAUUGAGUUCAAGGUGGUGCUAACCGAUCCCGAGCCGUACUGCAUCGUGGCCCCCGAGACGGUGAUCUUCUGUGACGGAGAUCCGAUCAAGCGGGAAGAGGAGGAGGAGUCGCUUAAUGCCGUGGGCUACGAUGACAUUGGUGGCUGCCGCAAGCAGCUGGCCCAAAUCAAGGAGAUGGUGGAGCUGCCGCUUCGCCAUCCAUCGCUGUUCAAGGCCAUCGGUGUGAAGCCGCCGCGAGGCAUUCUUAUGUACGGUCCUCCCGGCACGGGUAAGACUCUGAUUGCUCGCGCCGUGGCCAAUGAGACCGGUGCAUUCUUUUUCCUGAUCAACGGACCCGAGAUUAUGUCCAAAUUGGCUGGAGAGUCGGAGUCGAAUCUGCGUAAGGCCUUCGAGGAGGCAGAGAAGAACUCGCCGGCCAUCAUCUUCAUUGAUGAGAUCGACGCCAUUGCCCCCAAGCGUGACAAGACUCACGGCGAGGUGGAGCGUCGCAUUGUCUCCCAGCUGCUGACCCUGAUGGACGGCAUGAAGAAGAGCUCCCAUCUGAUUGUGAUGGCGGCCACCAACAGGCCCAACUCUAUCGAUCCGGCGCUGCGUCGCUUCGGACGUUUCGAUCGUGAGAUCGAUAUUGGCAUUCCUGAUGCCACUGGCCGUCUGGAGGUGCUGCGCAUCCACACCAAGAACAUGAAGCUGCAUGAGGAUGUGGAUCUUGAGCAGAUCGCUGCCGAGACCCACGGACAUGUGGGCGCUGAUUUGGCUUCGCUGUGCUCGGAGGCUGCCCUUCAGCAAAUCCGUGAGAAGAUGGAUCUCAUCGAUCUGGAGGAUGACAAGAUUGACGCCGAGGUGCUGGCCUCACUGGCUGUGACUAUGGAGAACUUCCGCUAUGCGAUGACCAAGUCCAGUCCGUCCGCGCUGCGCGAGACGGUGGUGGAGGUGCCCAACACCACCUGGACGGACAUCGGUGGCCUCGAGAGCGUGAAGAAGGAGCUGCAGGAACUGGUUCAGUACCCGGUGGAGCAUCCGGACAAGUUCUUGAAGUUCGGCAUGCAGCCCAGUCGCGGAGUCCUGUUCUACGGACCCCCCGGUUGCGGUAAGACGCUGCUGGCCAAGGCCAUUGCCAACGAGUGCCAGGCCAACUUUAUUUCGGUAAAGGGACCUGAGCUGCUGACCAUGUGGUUCGGCGAGUCUGAGGCCAAUGUGCGCGACAUCUUCGACAAGGCCCGCUCGGCGGCUCCUUGUGUGCUCUUCUUCGACGAGCUGGACUCGAUCGCCAAGGCCCGUGGUGGCAAUGUAGGCGACGCUGGCGGCGCUGCCGAUCGUGUGAUCAACCAGAUUCUGACCGAGAUGGACGGCAUGGGUGCCAAGAAGAACGUGUUCAUCAUUGGGGCCACCAAUCGUCCGGAUAUCAUCGAUCCGGCCAUUCUGCGUCCAGGCCGUUUGGAUCAGUUGAUCUACAUCCCGCUGCCCGACGACAAGUCGCGUGAGGCCAUCCUGAAGGCCAACUUGCGCAAGUCGCCGCUGGCCAAGGAGGUGGAUCUCACCUACAUUGCCAAGGUGACGCAGGGCUUCUCGGGUGCCGAUCUUACCGAGAUUUGCCAGCGGGCCUGCAAGCUGGCCAUCCGACAGGCCAUCGAGGCCGAGAUCCGUCGCGAAAAGGAGCGCACCGAGAAUCCCAACUCGGCGAUGGACAUGGACGAGGACGAUCCAGUGCCGGAGAUCACGAGCGCCCAUUUCGAGGAGGCGAUGAAGUUUGCUCGCCGCUCGGUGUCGGACAACGACAUCAGGAAAUACGAGAUGUUUGCCCAGACUUUGCAGCAGUCCCGCGGCUUCGGACAGAACUUCAGAUUCCCCGGUCAAACCGGCAACACCUCAGGGUCUGGCAACAACAUGCCAGUUAACUCGCCAGGCGACAACGGCGACGAUGAUCUUUACAGUUAGAUUUCUAGGUUUACACUGCAAAACAAAACCAACAAAACAAAAGAAAACAAACAACAAAAAAAAAGAAACUUUUUAAAUGAAUUUUUUCCUGUAAAACCGAACAAGCAAACAAAUCACAUUCGCAUCCUGGCGGCGACUACCACUAAGUCCCUCCAUUUGGCUAAGACAUUCAGCCGACAGAGGAAUUCGAUUAUAUCCAAUCUAAGAAAUAUAAUAAUCACUUUUUUGAUAACAUCCGUGGAUUCACGGUUCGUUUGAGCGAAACUGAUUGUAAAACAUUUUAAUUGGCGACCCAAUCCGCGCCUCACACACACUUAUCAUUCGUGCAUUGUCGGUAGAAUGGCUCCGAUAUAUGAGUUUCUAUAUACAUAAUUAUAAACGAUACACAUACACACAUACAUUUAAAGAUAAAUACAUAUAUUAAACACCGUAAAAUUAUAAGUGUAUUUGGAGCUACGUUUUUAAGUGAAUAAAAAUUACAAAUUCAA